AUGGCGCACUCGCAUUCACAGGCUCAGGCGCCGCAGCCUUCUGGGAGCGCGCAGGAGGCUUCCACCGCUACGACUUCCUCUGCAUCUAUAGCAACACCUGCGGCUGCUACCUCUGCCUCUGCCCUGCUGAACAGCAGCAGCACUGCUCACUCUCCUCCCUCAAAGAGAGACCUUGCCAGCUGGUGGAGGCAGUUCAAGAGAAGCACAAAGAAGGACACUGCCCCCCAAGCUCCCCCUGGAAUCUUUGGCAUCCCCCUGAACGUGAGCAUCAAGUACGCCAAUGUGGCCAUCUCUCUCACCGGCGAUGAUGGGAAGAGCUUCAUCUACGGCUACGUGCCCAUAGUAGUGGCAAAGUGCGGGGUCUUCUUGAAGGAGAAAGCUACCGACGUUGAAGGGAUAUUCCGGUUGAGCGGCUCUGCAAAGCGCAUCAAGGACCUCCAGGAGAUCUUCAACUCGCCAGACCGCUUCGGAAAGGGGCUCGACUGGACAGGAUACACCGUGCAUGACGCUGCCAACAUCCUCCGCCGCUACCUCAACCAGCUGCCAGAGCCGAUUGUGCCCCUGGAUUUCUACGAGCGCUUCCGGGAGCCGCUGAGACAUCGACAAGGGCGCCCGGACGGGGAAGAGGCUGCCAUUCUCGUCGACAAGGAACAUGGCUUCGACAGGGAUGCAGCAGUCGUCGCUGUAUCAGCAGCUCAUCAAGGAGCUUCCCGCCGCUCAACAGACAGCUGCUGA